GAGGUCCAAUGAGGCCCCAGGCUAAAAGAAGAAAAAUUUGGAAUAUUACACAGAAGUCGAUCGUAUUUUUCUUUGUUUUAACUUCAAGCUAAUAGCAUACUCUUUUUUAAAACGAUAAUAAGUUCUGAAGACUUACAUGGAUUGUGAUUGAAAAGACAUUACUACAAUGAAAUUCGGGUAAACAAUGUCGGUGGACAUAUAGGCUAUCAGCAAAAUCAAUUCUUCUAGGCGUGUAGCGGCAAAAACCAGUCACUACAAUGGUUUGUACAACCUACGGUAUAAGUGGAAUAACAUUACAUGAAGUUUCUGAUUAUUAAAGUCUGGAUAUUAUUUUUAGCAACAACCUUAAAACUACUGGUGACUGCAAAGUGAUAACUUUCAAAGAAUGAGCUUUUGUUAGUACGCCUUAUCUUUUUCAUCCAUCUGUGCCUAAUAAUCUGAGAUGGCAUUUUUGGAAAGUUAAAAACUGAAAUCGAAUCUCCUAUGUCAUUUUCGUUUCAAGCUCGGUGGUAAAUUACUUGAACUCCCUACCAGAACAAGCAAUGCAUAUGAUAAAUUCAAAGAGAGAGUGAAGCACCAUAGCACUAUAAAUCGUGAAGAUAUGUACAGGUAACUUGGCAUCCUAUUUUCACUUCUACAGACUGAAAACCAAUUCGAACAUCCUUCCAAAACGAGGAGUAUGAACCUGAUUGAUAAAUUGAAUCCUCAAGGGGAAGCACAUUGCUUGGAUUAACACGAGUCAAUUUACCUACUAUCCUUAAAACAAAACACUGAACAUCAAGAAGUGUAGUGAACAAUAUUAGCAGAGCGCCAAUAUGAACUGGUAUGCACCUUGCAUAAAUCUUAUGGGGGCUUGAAGGAAUUCGCGCCUAAAUUAUUCCAUGAAUGCUUUUGAAUGUCAAGGAGAUAAGUUUAGAUUUUCCCCCAUUUUCGGGUUAAGGAUUAGUGAGGAUCUGAUAUUGAGUAUUUCCCAUCAACGGUACCAGUUUUAUUCGUGUACUCAAUGACUGGUUACAAGAAAGCCAAACUCGGUCAACUAAAUAGAUUGGUCACUUUGAAAAACAAGAUUUCUACACAAAAGCACAAUAUUUCCGAUGCUGCAUCCAAAUCUAUCAGUGAUAUACACUUUGCGAAGAAGCUGGUAAGCCUACUGGGACAGGCUACAUGCACUUCGUAUCCAGAUCAUCAGAUAAAAUCGAUUCUUUGCUCUGUUGAUGUGAUAAAGAACAACUACCUGCGCACUGGACGUCUCCGCAAGGAAGCAUGUGAAACUUCGGACUCCAUAAUUAAUCCUUAUGUACCGAAGGGCCAUCAAGCACUCUCCGAUCUAUCUGGCCUUUUAGAACGUGAUGUCUCUAUUCACUUACCUUUACUAGAGAAGAAGCAUAAACCCUUCACUCUCUGUAAAAACAAUGAAACUCACCCCAGUCUUGUAGAAUAUGAUCUUUCAGAUGAUGAUAUAUAACGAUCCAUUGUUUAAAACUGAAAAAUAGUUUGUCCAAAUACAAAGUAUUUCUCGUUUUCGACUUGUUGAACUUGUGUGGGAUUUAGCUGACUUUGUAACUUUUGCAGAUUUUUAUCAUUUCCACUACAGCCUUCGCAUUUGCUGCUUGCCUGUUAUUUUAUUGGCGAAACAACAAUCCUGGUAGUAGAAAGUCACUUCAUGGUUUUAAUGUCUUAAUUACCGGCGGAUCAAGCGGAAUCGGUCUAUCUCUGGCUAAGCUGUUUUACGGAGCUGGUGCUAAUGUAACAAUCGUCGCUCGAGACCUGAAGAAACUUGAGUCUGCACGGGAAAUUAUAAAAUGUGGAAAAGAUAGAAAUAACAAUGUCUUUAUUUUGUCAGUUGAUUUGACCUCAGAGUAUAGUGUUUUGAAUGAAACCUUCAGUAAACAUGUGGCUACUCUUGGAUCUGUUGAUAUUUUAGUGAAUUGUGCUGGCUAUGCUGUUGCCCGCAAGUUUUUGGAUACUUCUACUGAUGAUAUCCAGGGAAUGUUACAUUUGAAUUACUUAUCUGCUGUUCAUGUGACAAGAAUUUUAUUGCCUUACAUGUUAGACCAGAAAUUCCACCAGACUCAUGAACGACGCAUUGCCUUCAUUUGUAGUCUUGCCAGUCAAGUAGGUGUGUAUGGUUACGCAGCGUACACGGGUAGUAAAUAUGCUUUACGUGGUUUCGCGGAGACAUUGGAAAUGGAGUUGGGACAUAAAGGCCCAUUUGUAACAAUCGCUUUCCCACCCGAUACAGACACUCCGGGAUACAUUCGUGAAAAUGUUGGUAAACCAGUUGUAACUAAAGCGAUAUCUGCUACUGCAGGGCUAGCGUCACCGGAUGAUGUGGCAAAGUCUGUAUAUUUGGAUAUAAUGAAUGGAAAAUUGAUUAGUACAUGUGGAUUAGAAGGAGUAUUUCUUUCUUGGAUAACUGCUGGGAUAUUUCCUCCUGUAAGCGUACGAUGCCGUUAUCUUUCUGAUUUUAUUCCGGGUAUUAUAUUCGCUUGUGUGGAGAUUUUAGCUGCAACACCAUUUCGUGCUGUUGGAAUUGUUUAUGCUUUCUGGAUGCGAUAUAUUUCGUUUAAAUACAAUGAAUAACACUUGCUGACGUUUUUUACAUGUGAAAACUUUUUGUGAUCAUACAAUGUUAUUUCGUUAUGAAUCGUAUACUCAGGUUUCCUUUGUUAUAAUUGCCCAUAUUUUUAUUGUUUUUAUUAUAAUUUUUAUUUACUGUUACACUUAUAAACUGAACGAAACUUCGUCACUUUAUCAAAAGAACUCGUUUUAUUAGAAGAAAAUUAACUUGCUGCAUUGUAGCCUAUUGAUUGUGAAAUUUAUUAAUUAAUGUAUAUUAUAUUUCAUUUUAUAAUAAAUAACAUAUUGUUGUCUAGUUUAUGACAAAAAUAUUUCAGUUAUUUCCCUUGUUUUUUUUUACCGAAUGUUUAUUUUAUUUAUCUGACAGGUUGCCGAAUGUUAUCCUUACUAUUUUCCAGUCAUCAGUAAAACUUACUACCCUAAGUGACUGAUUUUUUUUUUCAAAUUAAUGAUUUGUAAGUGUCUGCUACUAAUUUAAAUGUUACUAUACAUUCUCUGUAUCAUUGGUUUCCAUCAAAUAUAUCUGAUGUAUUUUAAAUUGGAAUUUUCCAUAAAGUAUAUUCUUGAUAAGUUUCCUUUACAUUGGAACCAACUUUGGGGGAUGAAAUAAUCGUAGAUUAUAAAUGGAAUAGAGAUUAGUUUUCAUUCUCUUUUACUUACUUUCUUUUAAGUUAGGGGGGCUAUUCAGUAAAAAAACUCGUUAAUAUAUAUAAUGUAUCCCAUGGUAACAAUGAAAAUCACAAACGUAAAAGUAGCUUGGUCAUAUUUUUCAAUUACCAAGUUCUCGCCUACCCCACAGUGAGAUAGCAAUCGGAGUGCAAUUAAUUUUAAAAAUUAAGAGUUAUUGAGUUGGAAUAUAACACCAGUCCUUGAAUUUACUAACUUGAUUUAAGUCACGUAGAAAGAUGUUGACUUCUCAGAUGAGUCACUGGCUGACAGAAAUCAUUAGUGGCAUAUUUUCGAAUGUCACAAUAGCGUAAAACCAUGCACAAUUACCCUCUAAAUCCUGAUCAUUUUUCUACUCUUCAAUCAUUUCCUCUUUCGGACAUGUACUAUUCUAUUUCACUUUGAUAUCUUUGUUGAGAAAUGCAACAACUUUUGUGCGAGAUCAUACCCUGAUAUGUAUAUCUGCGAAAAAGAAAAAACUCAGUCCGUAGACCCUUUUUAAAAUUAAUGAAAAACUAUCAACCUAUUAUUUUUCUGACGAUGAUAUUGUAAAAAUACACGAAAAGUAUCGAGAAACUUGUUCGUUCAAUUGUAAAGUAAAAUUGACCUGUGUCCAUUGGGGAGUCAUUUUAAACUACCGUAAUAAUGAUUCAUUUUGUGUUGUUUGUUUGAAUCUUCACAUUGGUGUUUAGGACUGAAAUUGAUCGGUCUCUUACUGACUUAUGUGCAUCUUGUGUGGAUUGCCUCGAUAUCACCUUAAGUCACAAGCUUUAUGAGCGAAGAUGGAUGGUGGCUAGCAGUGGAAUCCAGGACGUGCGUUUCGUCCUAUCUGGGACUCGUCAUCUGGAUUCAGUAGCUAGGUGGAUGACGUGAUGGCGUUUGAAGCAAACGGUGCUAAGUUCGAGCCCCGAAGUAAACACCAACUCUGGACUGCAGGCACAUCCAUCUGACGAGUCUCGAAUAGGACGAAACACGCGUCUUAGAUUCCACUGUUAGCCAUCCUUCAUCUUUGCUCAUAAUGCAAUAAUGUUUGGAUACAUUAGUUAAUAAUAUUUUUAGGAGCAAUAUUUUUGACAAAUUGGUGACCUUAUUUGUUAUAACUCUGUUUCUUCUUACGGUUAAUGACCCAGCUAUUCCCAUUGCUUAGUAUUCUCGGACACCGAUUCACUCGACAAGUCCCCAAAUCAGAACACGGUUGAACAGGAAAAAGAUUAUAUCCCAAAUAGCAAGUCAGAAGCCAGUAGGAAGCACAAUAGGGAAAAACGUCAGUAUAUUUAUAGUUUUUACAUAAGAAAAAUCCAGAAUAUUCUCCAA